AUGCAAGCAUUUGCUCAUCAGGUGGUACCUUGUGUUAACGUGGAACCACUAAUCGACGCGCACCAUAAUGGCGGUGCAAGUGAAGGAUUGCAACGUCAAAGCAGUGGCAGCUCUUUUUCCUGCAGUCGUAGCGAAGCAGACUCGGAAAUCAGCAAAGAGGAGCGCAAAACGGCGAACGAAUCAAAUAAUACAGCUCGUGGUUCGACGCCAAAACAGCCAUCUGUGGAGCAGUCUGGUCCGUCCGGUAUCCGAAGCUCUGCUUUCAGUUCACCUCAACCUUCUUUGGGAAAUGUUCCCGAUGCAGAUCCCUAUUCUGCUGGUUCAUCUUCAUCUUCCAAUGCUCAUCGGAAAAAGUUCUCUUUCUUCCAGCAAGGCUUGCAAAAGGUCGGAGACAAGAUGCGAAAAGGUAUGACCGGUCCAUCAUUUCGUCAAAUUCCACACUCGUCAACAAUUUCGGACCUUUUGAGCGAAUGGAAUAGCGCAAGACGAGAAAACGAACAGGGGAGCUCGAAUAUCCCAAACAGUCAAACUAUAUGUCAUAUUGCUGAUCUUCAUCAGCCAUCAGCUGAUGAUAUACUUGCAAAAUAUCAGCCUGCGGCUUCCACUUUCACAAAUGAAGUGCCGACAUCCAUGGAAGUCACCUCAUCAGCAUCUGAAAGUGCGCCAUCUGAGCAAGUGCUUGCAUAUUAUUCAUCUGAUAAUUUAACGGAAUGUCGAGCUUUCCUUGACGCUAAGAGAAAACUGCGUCUUGUUUUGAGCAGUGUAGGUAAUGCUCCUAACGUACCGUUUGAUGGAACUUGCAGAGGGAUGAGGCUUGAAGGUGAACGCGAACAGUUGGUACUGCUCUUACGAACCCUUUUGGCUGAGGCUAUUAAUGGAAGAGAGCAAGCUCUUGUAGCACACACUAGGGAGUGCUGUUUUCAUCUGAUGAUAGAAAAUGCGUGGUCGGACAGAUCUGUUGAUAGAACUGGGAUACGCCAAUUACUGCGAACCAUGAAAGAAGAGUACCGGAAAAGAUCGUCAUACUUGCUGUAUCUUCAACGGUCUAGAGUUACUCUCUUGCGCCAGUCUGCUUACGUUGACAAGAUUGUGCUGAAAAUAGAAAGAGAGAAGGCAUUGGCUGAAGAAUGUUUGGUAGAAGUCCUUGUUCGUCUUUAUAUGGAAAAUAAGGAUCAGCAAAUGAAGCGCUUCCUGCAGGAAUUCGUACUUCUGAAUGCUCAGGACGAAAAGAUUGAUUGUCUACUACGAACGUUGGCUGGGAUGUAUGCACGCUUGCCAGUCUCGUCCAUGUGGCAGAAUGCUCCUUCUCAUCUUCUCGCGUACGCUAGGAAGACAAUUGAACGCGUGAUCAUGGCUCAAAUACAUGCUCUGGCUUUUUAUCCUAAUUUAGAUGCUGAUCGUCAUCGUGACGAUUUGUUCUCUAAAUCGCUAGCGCGGCUUGGUCGAUCAACACAUCCGGAUCAUCCCAUGUUGAAAAUCCCCGCUGUGAGUUGUGCGAAGUUUAUAAAAACGCAUGAAAUUCUUCACGGUGAAGCACCUUGGUCCUCGGCCCAGGCAGAAAUUAAUGUAAUUAAUGCAUAUAAGUCUGCUCGAGAUAAGCUCUCCUGUGUUGUUCGGUGUUGCGAAACAAUAAGUAAUCUUAUUUCAAUGGCGCCGGGCAUGGGAGCAGCAGCCGCAGAUGAUAUCACUCCCAUUCUCGUCUACGCAAAUCCUCCUUCAUUGCUCUCAAAUGUUCAGUAUAUUCAAGGGUUCGGUGGCUCACUUCUUGAAGGGGCAGAAGGGUAUUGGUGGACUCAGUUUACAGCUGCCAUCGAAUUUGUUAAAACACUUCUUUGA